AUGAGUAGAGAAGCUUUUUACAGAAUGCUUGAAGAUGGUGAAGCAGAAGAUGGAAGUAUUAUCUUUGGAGAAUCAUUUAUGGGUGUAGAGAGGCAACGAAUAAACUUAGAUCUAGAAUGCGGUCGGAGAUACAUGAAGACGAAGAAGGCAAUAACCCUCCAACACAGUAUAUUGAAGGAAUCCGGGAUCAAAUUUGUGCAUCUUUAUGAGAUGGGUUUUCGAUUCUUGACAAAAAUAGUGAAAGGAGGCACGAAGAGGAAGAUUCCGAUCGAGAAAAUCACUAAGAAGAACUCACUGGCGACCUGUUUCACGAAAAGGAGUUAUGGCCUCUACAGUAAGGCAUCGCAGCUUUGCCUCCUCUGCGGCGCGCAAAUCGCUAUUUUGGCUACUCCUUCUUCCUCCCAAUCAAACGUCUCGUUAUACUCUUUUGGUCACUCCUCCGUGGAAGCCGUCGUCUCCGCUUACCUCUCCGGACAGCGUCCCGUUCCCGUUCCAGCAGAAAGCAAACAGACGAGAGAAGACAUCGGUAUCUGCUUCGCUCGCAAAGAACUAGGGUUAGGGUAUUGGUGGGACGACGAUAGCCUUCACAGAUCGAAGAAUUUGGGAGAAAUCGAGGAGGAAGCGAUCGAGUCGAUUAAAACGAUUGCGUAUCGUCAUCAUCAGGCUCUCGUCAAUGAUAAUGCCCUGAAGAACAACGACACGAAUCAAUCCCUAUAUCUUCAGUCGACUUCUGCAAUUUCUGAGAAUCUCUGUUUCACGGACGGCAACAUCAUCAGAACUCCAGAUCAAACCCUAAAUAUUCAGCCCAAUUACAGAAUUCUUGAUGACUGUGCCAGAACAGAUACGGAGGUGGAUGAUGAUUCACCUGCAGACCAAGAACAGGGCAAUAACGAUUUACACUUGGAUGAUCUCAUAGAUUUGGGUGAUUUUGAGACAAAUUGUGAAGGUAUUUUCAACGAUCAAGAGUUUGCUGAAGAAAAAAGCCAACUGCUGCUUUUUCUGGGGAUGGCACUGUUCUGGCUUUGGAAUCCGGACAAGAAAAUUGUCUUGUCUGUUUUAGGAGCGACUCUCACGAAUUCGAUGGCAUUGGUUUGGGACGAGAGACACUUACUAAGGGAAGGAGUAGGAACCACCUUCUCGACGUUCUAUAAAGAUGCAACUGUGUACGAAGUAGACUACUGUACUUAUGUAUAA